AGAUCCUACAGGUUUGUGUUAACUUGGAAGAUCUAGAUGUAUCGUACACCAGGAUUACAGACGCAGGGUUAAAGGGUGUGUCUGAACUAAUGCUUAUCGUCCUGAAUGCUGCAGGGUGUCCAGGAAUAACUGAUUCAACAUUGAAAAUGUUAUCCAAAAGUCAAGGUUGCCUGGAGGUGUUGAAUGUAUCCGGAUGUAGCCGGAUAACGGAUAUAGGUUUACUCUCCCUCUACUCUAUCCAGGAUUAUCUCAAAUCUGCAGAUUUCAGCGGAUGUCCAAGGUUGUCUGGUGUUGUUCUGAAAGCUUUCAUCAACUCCUGUUCAUCUCUGCAACCAGACAAGCUAUACUACUGCGACCUUAUCCAGGUCCAAUUUCAAAAUAACAAAAAGUCAAGAAAAAAAAUUGGAUUUAUUUUUAUUAUUAAAUUUGCCAACAAAUGUUUUAAGCAAUUCUGGAAAUGAAGCGAACAUAUAGAACCAAGAAAACUCCGGAAUAU